UAAUUGGCUUCGUUCAUGUCAAAAUUACACCAUCGAGCAUUCGAUUUAACUGCUUCCUAUUCCAUUCCACUAUACACAGCUCGUUGCGAUUGCAAUUCAGUGAUGAAUAUCGCGUACUGUGUUUUAUAUUUAAUGAUCAAACUCUCCCUGAUAAUCGAAAACAACGCACAAGAGAGCACAGAAGAAGAAAAUACAAUAAACAGUAGGGUCCCUGAAGAUGAGCAAACAACGAAAUACCUUCAAGAUAUUGAGAUCGUGAAAAUCUACACGACCUCAAGUAAUAGUAUAAAAAUAUUUUGGGGGAUCACGCCUGAAGACGUGAAGUUGAACAGGACCUACGGACUGUUUUAUGAUAUCGACGACAAGGAAAAUUUGACAGAACCGAAAACGGAAACUCGGGACCCAUGUCUGGAAGUUCUCAACCUCGAACACUGCAAGAGGUACUUUUUCGCGGUAGCACCUCUCAGUGGAGGAAAUGGAAUCAAUCCGAACUCAACCAACAUCCGAUCAAUCUUAACUUACAUGGACCCGACGGCUCCGCCCCUGGACUUACACGUAGACUUCCUUCCGGGAACUUCUCCCCGUCUCCUAAUCAAAUGGACUGCCUCCUGCAGAAAUAUUCCACAUCCUCUAGGAUAUAAGAUACGACUAAUCGAAAACUUUCCGAACCUGCCCCCGUCCACGAACACGCUGAACACCGCUUUGUCCGCAUCUUUCCGGCAGGCGUGCACCAUCCCCGUCCACUACGGAGCCAUCUCCGAGGUCAGCGUGGCCAACGACUUACCAGGAGCAUUAUUCGGAGGGUCGGUCAAACUGAAAGUGCCCCAAUUCCUGCAGCCCUUCGACGUGCGGCUGGCGGUGAACGAGAGCAGCAGGUCUUUCCUGCUGUAUUGGAGAGAACCUUUCGUUCCCGUCUGCAACGGGAUGUAUUUCUAUGAGGUGUUUGUCUACGAGGACAAAGAAGCGACGAGGAGCAGCAAUUACACGGUAUUUCGGGUGAAUAGACCGGGGUUCGUGUAUAAGGGUAAUGGGAGUGAGUACACUUUCGGGGUGGACUUGGUGUGUUGUGAUUAUUCCAGGAGAUCCGCGAUGUCCGAUUUGGUUUACGGGAAUGUGAAUGGGGUGAUUGAGCAUGUUGUCCAGUUUUGAGCCACUCUUGAUGAAGCAGUUUUUCGUGUGGUAGCAGAAGCUACAGCUACAGAGGAGAUGAUCCCACUGUCGAGCGAAUUAUUCACCUAGGGCUAAUUUCACCAACAUCUUAAACCAACUUUUGGUUCCAUCAAUCUCCGUUGAAUCCAUCUUCUAUGUCACCAAGGAUAUAAACCUAACUGCCGUUGAAGAAAGCGUCUCUGUGUUCUGUGGUCUCUCUUACUUCACGAAUCAAACGUCAAUGUUAGAAACAGUUUGUUACCUAAUAUGAACAGAAGUAUCUGGGAAAAGAAAGGCAAUGCCUACCACCCAUUCCAUUAGAAGAUCUACUAGAACUUUCUCCUCUGGACCUCAAAAAUUUCAAAGGUUCAUAGACACUAAAAUAAGAAAAUAUCAAACUGUUUCAAGAAUGCGUGCUAGUCAUGAACGACAGUAGGAAAUCCCAGAGAAGUCGAAACAUCCAAACGCAACUGUAGACGGGUUUCGGGAUAAUGGUCCCUCGUCAGUACAGUGCAGCGCUGAAUAUUUCAAACGGUGGCUGGAGUCUUGAACAAAAUCGGGGUGAAGUUUUGAGAAAUUUUCAUCGAAGACUGUACCAAAACCUCGCUUCGUCUGCAGACUCCUAC